AUGUUGCUGGAGAUGGAAGUGCCACAGGCAACAGAAGGGGAACAGUGUGGUGUAUGUCUGACAGUGCCACAGGCAACAGAAGGGGAACAGUGUGGUGUAUGUCUGACAGUGCCACAGGCAACAGAAGGGGAACAGUGUGGUGUAUGUCUGACAGUGCCACAGGCAACAGAAGGGGAACAGUGUGGUGUAUGUCUGACAGUGCCACAGGCAACAGAAGGGGAACAGUGUGGUGUAUGUCCGACAGUGCCACAGGCAACAGAAGGGGAACAGUGUGGUGUAUGUCUGACAGUGCCACAGGCACCAAAAGGGGAACAGUGUAGUGUAUGUCUGACAGUGCCACAGGCAACAGACGGGGAACAGUGUGCUUUUUGUCUGACAGAGCCACAGGCAACAGAAGGGGAACAGUGUGGUGUAUGUCUGACAGUGCCACAGGCAACAGAAGGGGAACAGGGUGCUGUAUGUCCGACAGUGCCACAGGCAACAGAAGGGGAACAGUGUUGUGUAUGUCCGACAGUGCCACAGGCAACAGAAGGGGAACAGUGUGGUGUAUGUCCGACAGUGCCACUGGCAACAGAAGGGGAACAGUGUGGUGUAUGUCUGACAGUGCCACAGGCAACAGAAGGGGAACAGUGUGGUGUAUGUCCGACAGUGCCACAGGCAACAGAAGAGGAACAGUGUUGUGUAUGUCUGACAGUGCCGCAAACAGCAGAAGGGGAACAGUGUGGUGUAUGUCCGACAGUGCCACUGGCAACAGAAGGGGAACGGUGUGGUGUAUGUCUGACAGUGCCACAGGCAACAGAAGGGGAACAGUGUGGUGUAUGUUUGACAGUGCCACAGGCAACAGAAGGGGAACAGUGUGGUGUAUGUCUGACAGUGCCACAGGCAACAGAAGGGGAACAGUGUGGUGUAUGUCUGACAGUGCCACAGGCAACAGAAGGGGAACAGUGUAGUGUAUGUCCGACAGUGCUACUGGCAACAGAAGGGGAACAGUGUGGUGUAUGUCUGACAGUGCCACUUGCACCAGAAGGGGAACGGUGUGUCUGA